CAAUCAUCAUCUUCAUCGUCGACAUCAUGAGGUGCCUGACUCUGAUGAUCAUCCUCCGGUUAGGAGUCAUCGCCCAAGAGGACCCAGCGCUGUCGAGGAAGGAGCAACACGAACGGGAACGCGAAAGGAGGAAGUUGGGUCGGAUCGAGACGAUCAAGGAACAGCUGCUGUUGUCGCUGGGGAUGCGGCAUCCGCCGAGGAACGUCCCCAACAUCACGGAUUCGGAACAAUGGAGGAAGAUGGAGGAGGUGCUCAAGGAGGUCGGGGUGGAGAAUCCGCCUCCGCCUCCACCGUCCCCCGUCCUCGCCGAGAAGAUCCAAAGCUUCUACCCCCUUUGUAACUCAGGAGGGGAAUCGGAGGAGGAGUGGGACAUGCCCCUGCACUUCGACCUCUCCUCUGCCCUCGUGUCCCUGCCCAGCAUCGAAGUCAAAGUGGAGAAGAGUGCCGGUAUUGGAGCAUUGGGUGUCCAGGAAUUGGACGGGAUGGCUGCACAUGACACUUACUUCGACGAUGAAAAACUCGGUGGAACCGCGCGGUUACCUGGGUCUGAUCCUGCAGGUGACCGAUUCCUCCGGCCGACAGGUCGACCCCUCGCUUCUCUUCGUCCCCAGGAACUGCUCCGGAGCUUUCGGUAA